AUGACAAAGGCUGUGGACUUGUCAUUAGAGGAAUUCAAGAAAAGGUUUGGGCAAUACCCAGAAGUUGCUCAGUUCGAUGAAGGAAAGGAGUUCUACAACGUCGCUGUUAAAAACCUUUUGGGAAGACAUGACGUCCGUUAUUUUUCCACAAACUCUGACAGAAAAUCAGCUAUUGUCGAAAGAUUUAACAGAACUCUGAAAACAAUGAUGUGCAAGUAUUUCUACAGCAAAGGAAUUUACAAUUGGGUUGACAUCCUAGAGGAACUUACGUUAGAGUUAUAAACCGAGAAGGAGGUUUAUAUCUGAUAUAUUGCCCCCGAGGACGUGCAGCGUCCGAGGGCAAUAUAUCAGUUAUAAACCGACUUUCGAGGUUUAUAACUAACUUAUAUCACAUUUGUGGAGGUUUUCUAACAUAUUUUGUCAUUUUCACAAAAAUUUUUGAUGAAAAAUUCUCGCGUUUUGUCAAAAAGUUUGAUGUAAUUAUUUAUUCAAGGUAUAUUAGUUAGUUAUAAACCUCGGACGAUCAAAGAAAACCGACACAAAUGUGAUAUAAGGACAAUUAUAAUCAUACUGAGCACAGCAGUAUACUAAUGAGACCCGCUGUUGUAAACAAGUCAAACAAAGACCAAGUAUAGAUUACACUAUACGGUUAUGGAUUAGGAGAAUUUCCAUUACCUAAGUUCAGAAUUGGUGAUACCGUUAUAAUUACGAAGUACAAAAACAUUUUUAGCAAGGGAUACGAGGCAAACUUUACGGAAGAGAUAUUCAAGGUUUUAAGUGUAUUUAGGGGAGAUCCUAACAUGUAUGAAAUAGAAAGUCAUGAUGGAGAACCGAUUAUCGGAAAGUUUUACGAAGAGGAACUAUCUGUCGUGGACAAAAAAAAUUAUAUGUACAGAGUAGAGAAAAUUCUGAGAAGAAGAAAAGGUAUGGUAUAUUGGUCAAGUGGUUAGGAUACGACAGCAAGCAUAAUCCCUGGAUUCCAGAAAAUAUAUUAAAACCAUAAAAUAAAUGGCGGACAUUGAACUAGACGAGACAAACCCUCAGUGGCGUAGUUAGCGGUCCCGCUGUCCCGCCGGGCGGGACUAACAAUUUCCAAAAAAAUGUGUAAAUGUUUUAUAGUGAAGCCAAAACCACUGCUAAUUUGCUUAUUCUGAAAAUUUAAAUAUAAUUAUGGUAAUUUUUCAGCGCUUUCAUUUGUCAUUUAUUUAAAGUUUACGCAAUAUUGCUGUCUGCUCUUUGACUUCUUUGUUGUCUAGUAACUGAUACCCUGUAGAAUUAGCUAAUUUCCACGCAAUUUAUUGCUUACUCACGCUAUUCGUGAAUCGCAUGUCUCGUGUUCCGCUGAUUUUCAUGUGGCGGGAUACGCAAUACUAUCUUAUACAAGAAAUUCUGGUUUCUGGUUGGAUAAUUGGCGCAGCGCAUGCCCAGAACGGUUGUUUUUAAUGCCGAAGUCCCGCUAUUUUAUGAAGGCGGAGGUUGUUAAUAUUCAAACCUUUCUGACGAAGCUUUCUGCGCGAGUAUUCACGACUGUGACGGUGGUAGGUCAUCAUAUUACUAUUCAUAUCAUAUUUGAUGUUGCUUUUGUGAUUUGUAUACAAUGGCUUCAACGAGCGUGACGAGCCUUAUGGAAAGCCACAGCGGAAUUUCAAUUCAUUCGUUGCUUUUAGCAUUAUAUAUGUGGUGCUUUUAUCGUUAUACGAGGUGCUCUUUACAUUAUACGCGGUGCUACACUUCGAGUUCGAGCAUUAUACGCGACGAUUUUGACAUAUAUCAAGAUAUAUGGGCUACACGCAACAUUGUACGAGGUGCUUUUAACAUUAUACGUGGUGCUUGAGACAUUUAUUUGUAAUAAUAUACGCGGUGUUUGAGACAUACAAGGUGCUUUUAGCAUUAUACGCGGUGCUCGAGACAUUAUACGCGGUCGGUAUAACGUUAUACGCAGUACUCAGUGCAGAAGGCAAUAUUUUUGCCUAGCACAGCACUUCUCUGAGCUCACACAGAUCUUCUCUGGGCCAGAUGGCAUUUUUUGUAUUUUACGAAGCGAAAAUACUCCUGUUAGAGGUGUAUGGAAACUUUGUUUAGUGGCAUCCUUCCACCCUCGAAAUCGCAGCAAAUGCCAUUUCCGCGGUUCUAAAUUUCAAAUUUUCUCGGGGGGGCAUGCCCCCGAACCCCUCUAGGAAGGUCGCACCUUCGGUGCGAGGUGUCCGCCUUCGGCGGGACGAUUUUUUUCAGCCAGCUACGCCACUGCAAACCCUAAUAACCGAACCGCGAAGCUGAAGAAGCUGAGGCAAAGGAGGAAGGAGAAACAAGCUUCAUUGACGACGACAACGGAAAACAAGAAAGAGCAUAUUAAUUCCUGUUGGAUUUAAUCCAGUCGUUGAUGGAUCAAGACCUGACGGUUCCACACCAAACAUCAGACGAGAUGUUGGAAUAAUGAAACGGUCCUAUACAUUGGACAAAAAGGAUCUCCUUAAAAGGGAACUCGAGGUAAAUAUCAACAAAGGAGACGGACCAUCUUCCACCAUAAUCUUCGACAAAAUGAAACUAACCGUAAAUAGGGCUGGAACAAAAAUUAACGGCGCUACAUUCAAAGACGUUAAGAUCAUUAUCUUAAAGAAUCUAAAAAUGAUAUAUUCCACAGACAAAAGUAAGGAAUCCGCUGUAAACGAAUACAAGGAACUGAUUAGAAAAGCCAAGAUAGAACACUCAAAAACACCUGCAGCCGCAGUAGAGGAACGACUCGAACAGCAAAACCUAGACGCUCCUCAAGAAUUGUAG